AUGAGAAAGCCGUGCAUUCCAGAGUUGAUCUACCAGAGGACGUUCCCGAAACCGAAGCAAGGCGAUCCAGUCUCCUUCUACGCUCACAUUCAACGUCAUAUCGUGGGUGAAGUCCGGGUCGAAGUACAGAACUUCUAUGGAGCUCUCGACACCCUGGAAGCACAAUAUCCUGGCCUCGACUACACGUUCGCUCCUCACCGCCGUCGACUCUCAAGAUACCCUUGGCAUAGACGUCUUUUCCGCGUCCUCGACGAACUGGGGCUGACGGCCGAUGAAAUUCUGAAUCUGUGUCAAUGGGAAGGAACAAGGGCGGCCAAGGAAAGAUACGAACGUGAAGCAGGCGUCGAGGUCCGAACUACCACAGCCGAUGAUGUCGUCGCAGCGCUGCCCGGAAAUGGUCCCAGAGCAGUCUUUGAAGAUCUGUCUCAACCAGAACCCGUCGACCGGGCAGCAUCGAGUAGCGAGACACUGGUGGCGACCCCGGAGGAGGAAGAAUACGAGGCCAAAGAUGUGGACAGUCCCGCGUCAGCACCAGAAGAUGAGGUCAUGGAUUUGCUACGCGAUGCUAUGCAAUCCGGCCUACGUGGAGAUUCUGCGGCAUGGGAACAGUGGCUCAAAGAAACAUUGGAGCGGCACGACGAAAUUGACCUUGACCUGGUUAUGACCGCUAUUCGAGACCUGGAGCCUGAGACACUGAGAGCUAUCCAACAGGCGGGCGAGGGUAACGAAACCAUGUCACGGUCCCCUACGCCGCAAUCCCAUGCAGAUGCAUACCAUGAAGCGAAUCACCUUGACCGCGUCGAGACUGACAGCACCCACGUGUCUACUGAGAGUACACCCCUAUCAAUAUUCGCGCGGAGGUCACAAACAGAAGCAGCCAGGUGA